AUGACCAGAGAACCAUAUUUGAAACAAAUUUGGUUGUUCAAUUCAGUUUUUGCAUUCAUAUCGAUGGGAGCAUCAAUUGAUCCACAUCUUGCAAAUGGUGCUAAUGGGGUAUAUACCUAUCGUGUUCAAGGUGCAAUUUAUCAUCGAAUUGGUUCAAUGCUUCCUGCGGAGAAUUGUAUACCCAAAUUCUCACAAAUAUAUAUAUAUGAUAGCAAUUUUGAAACUGAAUUGAGCUACCGUCACAGCGUGUUUCCAACUUUAGACACUUUUCUUUUAGCAGAUAUUCAGCAUGAGCUUCAUAUGCAUAAUCCUUUUGCUCAAGUUUUUCAUAGUGCUGGCCAAUUUGUGCGUGAAGGUCAACCUGUUGUGUUAAAAAUUUUAAGUGGUCAAGAGUAUGAUGUACGGUAUUAUAACCGCCCUACUGCUAAUGAAGUUGCAGUUUUGAUGAUUGAUGACAGUACUAUCAAUAGUGGUCGUGAUAUUCUUCUCCGGACUAACCAGGGUCAAUUGCAGCAAAUAUCAGAAUGCCAUGCUGCAUACGAUGCACUUCAGUAUCCAUUACUAUUUUCAUAUGGCCAGCUUGGGUGGCAUCUCAAUAUUCCUUAUUCAACAAGUGCCAGAUCUAACUAUCAUAAAAGCCAUGAGCUUGCAAGUAAUAAUGAUUCUGAGAAUGGGAAUUCAGACAAUGAAUUGAGACAAACACGGCAGUGA